AUGCCGGGCGCUCGUUGCCGUGACCAAGAAAGAGUUUGCAAUGGGGACAGGUAUUUCUUCUUCUUCUUCUUCUUCUUGUAUCUUCUUCUUCUUCAUCUUGUAUCUUCUUAUUCCCUUACCUCUUGUACUUCUUCUUCUUCUCCUUUUUCUUCUUCUUGUAUCCUCUUGUUCCCUUACCUCUUCUUCUUCUUCUUCUUCUUUUUCUUCUUCUUCAUCUUGUAUCUUCUUAUUCCCUUACCUCUUGUACUUCUUUUUCUUCUUCUUGUAUCUUAUUAUUCCUUUAUCGCUUGUACUUCUUCUUCUUCUUCUUCUUCUUCUUUUUCUUCUUCUUCAUCUUGUAUCUUCUUAUUCCCUUAUCUCUUGUACUUCCUCUUCUUCUUCUUCUUGUAUCUUCUUGUUCCCUUACCUCUUCUUUUUCUUCUUCUUCUUCUUCUUUUUCUUCUUCUUCAUCUUGUAUCUUCUUAUUCCCUUACCUCUUGUACUUCUUUUUCUUCUUCUUGUAUCUUAUUAUUCCUUUAUCGCUUGUACUUCUUUUUCUUCUUCUUCUUCUUCUUCUUCUUCUUCUUCUUCUUCUUCUUCUUCUUCUUGUAUCUUCUUAUUCCCUUAUCUCUUGUACUUCUUCUUCUUCUUCUUCUUGUAUCUUCUUGUUCCCUUACCUCUUCUUUUUCUUCUUCUUCGUCUUCUUUUUCUUCUUCUUCUUCUUUUUCUUCUUCUUCAUCUUGUAUCUUCUUAUUCCCUUACGUCUUCUUCUUCUUCUUCUUGUAUCUUCUUAUUCCCUUAUCUCUUGUACUUCUUCUUCUUCUUCUUCUUGUAUCUUCUUGUUCCCUUACCUCUUCUUCUUCUUCUUUUUCUUCUUCUUUUUCUUCUUCUUCUUCUUCUUCUUCUUGUAUCUUCUUAUUCCCUUAUCUCUUGUACUUCUUCUUCUUCUUCUUCUUGUAUCUUCUUGUUCCUUACCUCUUCUUCUUCUUCUUUUCUUCUUCUUCUUCUUCUUCUUCUUCUUCUUCUUCUUCUUCUUCUUCUUGUAUCUUCUUAUUCCCUUAUCUCUUGUACUUCUUCUUCUUCUUCUUCUUGUAUCUUCUUGUUCCCUUACCUCUUCUUCUUCUUCUUCUUCUUCUUCUUCUUUUUCUUCUUCUGCAUCUUGUAUCUUCUUAUUCCCUUAACUCUUGUACUUCUUCUUCUUCUUCUUCUUUUUGUUCUUCUUCUUCUUGUAUCUUCUUGUUCCCUUACCUCUUCUACUUCUUCUUUUUCUUCUUCUUCUUCUUUUUCUUCUUCUUCAUCUUGUAUCUUCUUAUUCCCUUAACUCUUGUACUUCUUCUUCUUCUUCUUCUUCUUCUUCUUCUUCUUCUUCUUCUUGUUCCCUUACCUCUUCUUCUUCUUCUUCUUCUUCUUUUUCGUCUUCUUCUUGUAUCUUCUUAUUCCCUUACCUCUCCUCUAAUUUUGUUCCUAUCUAUCUAUCUAUCUAUCUAUCUAUCUAUCUAUCUAUCUAUCUAUCUAUCUAUCAUUUUGUUCCUAUCUAUCUAUCUCUUUUUUUCUUCCUAUUUACACUACAGGCAAAAAACUUGUGGUUACCCUGCGUUUCUUUAA